GUAUUGCUGUGGCAGCCUGCAGACUGUCAUGUUGGAGGAGCUGUGUGAGUGAGCUGCAGAGGUAUACAACCCAGAAGACCUACAGAAGCCUGAGAAGCACAAUUCCUCCAGGAGAUGGACCCGGUGUGGACCACCACUGUCCUGCUGGUGCCAUGUGUGGUGGUGCUGACAGCUGGAUUGUUCUACCUCUACAGCACGGUCGUGGGUCUAUUGUCCAAAACAUCUGUACGCAAUAAAGUGGUGGUCAUAACCGACGCCUUAUCUGGGCUUGGAAAAGAAUGUGCAGAUGUGUUUCACAAAGGCGGAGCGAGGCUCAUCCUCUGUGGGAAGAGCUGGGAGAAACUGGAAGAGCUUGAAGAUGAUUUGGCAAAUGCCUCAGACCCAACUUUGACGUUUCCCUCCAAACUGGUGCUGCUGGACUUUGGAGACAUGGACAGCCUGCCGGACGUGAUCUCAGAGAUCCUGGAGUGUUACGGCUGCCUGGACAUCGUCAUCCUGAACAGCAGUUUGAAGGUGAAGGCGCCAGCACAGAGCGUGUCUUUGGAGAUGGACAAGCUGCUGAUGGACAACAACUACUUCGGACCGGCCACGCUCGCCAAAGGUUUGCUGCCCUCCAUGAUCUGCAGGAGGACGGGUCACCUGCUGCUGGUCAACAGCAUCCAGGGGAAGCUGGCCAUGCCUUUCCGCACGGCAUACUCAGCCUCUAAACAUGCCGUCCAGGCCUUCUUUGACAGCCUGAGAUCUGAGGUGGAGGAGUAUGGCAUCUCCGUCAGCACCAUCAACCACACCUUCAUCUCUGCAUCGAUCGAAGAGGCAGAGACACCCUCCAAGUCCAUCUGCUCAUUGUUGUACAGUAAGAAGCCUCUGGGCAUCACUCCAGAAGAGGCAGCGACUGAGAUCGUGAAGACUCUGAGCAACAAGAAGAAAGAGGUCCUGAUCGCUCCCUCGCUCCCAAAGAUGGCUGUCUACGCCAGGUGCUUCUUCCCCAACGUGUUCUUCGCCGUGAUGGCUGCAGGAGUGAAGCACGCCGAGGCCUCGGAGAACAUGUAGAGCUGUAGCAGAGAAGAAAAUAUGACAUGAGAUUUACCGCUGAAGGUGUAACAAACCGGUGGAAAUGGGAGUCAUGUUUUAACAAUGGCAGUCCCACAUUUGACCAUUUGUUCCCAUAAAUAAAUAUUUUCAGCUACAACUAAGAUUUGGCUUCAUUGACGAUAGCAUCUAAACCAUGCUAGUGUGGUUCUUACAUGUAUUGACAGACAUUUUAUUUUUAAAUUGUAAAAUGAAAAAAGAACAGGCUGCAAUCCAAAAGACACUGAAUUUGAUGUUGAAUUACCAGUUUUUCCAUGAAAAAUAAUUGUCGUCCAGUAAAACAUACCACACUUAGUAUGUUCUAACCACAUUUAAAUAAUGUAUCAAUACUGUCAACCUAAUUAUUCAAAUUACUGACAUUUACAAAUAAAGUUUUGCCUCAUGUUA